AUGAAGGGGGCUAUCGGUCCUCAAGGUCUAAUUGGAGAUCCCGGAAUCGACUGUCCAAUAGGACCACCUGGACGACCGGGACCAAAAGGAGAUCCAGGGGACCCUGGACUUCCGGGUUUACCAGGAUUUUCUGGACCACCUGGUGAUGACGGAAUGCCUGGUGAUAAGGGCGACUCUGGACGUGGAACUCGCGGGCCACCAGGAGAUCCCGGAGACCGAGGGUUUGAUGGUCCUCCUGGACCCAAGGGGCCAAAGGGUGUUAAAGGCGAACGUGGUCCACCGGGAAACAAAGGGGCUGGCAGACCCGGACCAAUGGGAGAAAAAGGCGAGAAGGGGCUGGCCGGAUUAAUGGGUAAACGAGGAAAAACCGGACUUCCGGGUCCUGAAGGUGAGCCCGGGGAACGAUGUCACCCCUGUAAACCGGGUGCCUAUGGUGCCAAGGGUGAGAAGGGUAGCACUGGUGUUCCUGGCUCCCCUGGUUCCAGGGGCCGGGAUGGCGCUAAAGGUGAGCGUGGUGACCGGGGCACACCAGGCAACCCAGGACGAACUGGACCGCAAGGAUACGAAGGCGAUCCUGGGGAACGAGGGAUUCCUGGACCGAAGGGAUACAAAGGAGAGCCAGGCGAGACUCGAACUGAAUUCCGAGGAGUCGUGAAAGGACCCAAAGGAUAUCCUGGUGUUGACGGUCCCAAAGGAGUUAAAGGAAUUAAAGGAGGUGCUGGUGAACCUGGUGAAAAAGGCGAUCGGGGAUACGAAGGACCAGCGGGAGAACCGGGUCCCCAGGGCUCUCCUGGCCUCAAAGGACCAAAGGGUUCGGCUGGUGAGAAGGGUUACAGAGGGGCGCCAGCCGAAGUUAUCGUGGGUCUGAAAGGUGAAAAAGGACAGCCUGGAAAACCUGGCUCUCCUGGUGAAAUGGGUGACCCAGGUAGACCCGGUAACUGCACUGUGAACGUGCUUCAAAGCGGAAACCUUACAAUCGAGAAAGGUGACCGCGGUGAAAAAGGUGAACCGGGCCCCCGGGGUGAGAAGGGCAAGCAAGGCGAUGAUGGGCCUCCGGGCCAACCCGGUGAUGAUGGAAUUCGUGGUCCGAAGGGUAUGCCCGGUCCUCCUGGUCCACCAGGAGAGAAAGGUCCUGCUGGAUACCCAGGUGACGCUGGCGAACGAGGCGAUUCAGGGUCACCCGGAUUGCCUGGCCCAAUGGGGCCGAAAGGUGAUAGAGGUGACCCCGGCCCAAUGGGUGAUCGCGGUCCAUCGGGUCCAAAGGGUGAAAAAGGAAUGGCCGGAAUACCUGGAGAGGGAGAGAAGGGCAAUCGCGGUCCACCUGGUCGUCCUGGAAUCCCUGGAAUUAAAGGAGAACGCGGCGAUCCGGGACCUUUCGGUGAACCUGGCGAUCCAGGACUUGAUGGAUCUCCCGGCCUUCCUGGGGCUCGCGGUGAAGUUGGACCCAAAGGUUUUCCUGGUGACCCGGGUCCCAGUGGGGGUAGUGGAAUCAAGGGGCUUCCCGGCGAUGUUGGUGAUGUCGGUGAUCCUGGUUUUGCUGGUCGUCCUGGUCCUCCGGGUGACAAAGGACAAUGUGUGGGUACCGCGGAAAAAGGUGAUCCCGGCUCCUUCGGGCCACGUGGUCCCGUUGGUCCGAAGGGUAUGCGCGGCCCGAAAGGCAUGAAAGGCGAAUAUGGCCCUCCUGGUCAACUGGGAUUAGCUGGUGCUAAAGGAGAGAAAGGAUCACCUGGAGUCCCUGGCUUACCGGGAGCAGUUGGAGAUAGUGGCUUGCGCGGGAGACCAGGGCCAGCUGGACCAAAGGGAUUUGAAGGCGCCAUCGGGGCAAAGGGUUUGCCCGGGCUCCCAGGCGACCCUGGUGAUGAUGGGUUACCGGGAGAAAUGGGUGAGCCAGGAUUACCCGGACAAGCAGUUACUGGUGAAAAGGGCGAGCCUGGUGAUAUGGGACCCGUUGGUGACCCAGGAGAGAAAGGUGAAGUCGGUUUACCUGGAGAAAGAGGACAGAAAGGAGAGCGCGGCUCAGUUGCAGGUGCUCCACCGGGAGACAUUGGUGACCCGGGAGACAUUGGAGAGAAAGGCUUCCCUGGGCCUGCUGGUGAACCCGGUAGGCCAGGUCGGACUGGAGAACCCGGAUUCCCAGGACCCCCUGGACCAAAAGGACUGUCUGGCGAUCCAGGCGUUGCAGGUGCUCCAGGCCGUCCUGGAAAGCCUGGCUUAGUUGGUCGUCCGGGAAUACCUGGUCCAAAAGGGUUCCCUGGUGUGAAAGGUCUAAUGGGAAUAAAAGGUGCGCCCGGCGAUCCAGGCACGCACGUGGUCGGACGAGACGGUGAACCUGGGGAUAACGGUGAACGUGGAGUUACAGGAAUGCCCGGAGAGAAAGGUGACAUGGGACCGCCAGGUGCUCACGGACCCAAGGGUAUUCAGGGUGCUCCUGGAUUACCUGGUGACAGAGGAAUACCUGGUGCUCCUGGUGAAAAGGGUGUCCAGGGGCCUAUUGGACCAGAAGGUUAUCCUGGAUCAGUUGGAGCAAAAGGUGAUACAGGCGAUCCAGGGCCAGUUGGUGAUCCAGGUCCCCCCGGGAUAGUGGGAAUUAAAGGGUUCCCCGGGGCACCUGGACAAUGUCUUCCACCUCCAGAUAGUGCUGUUGGCGAUCCCGGUCCGCAGGGUCCUCCUGGACUUAUCGGUGAAAAGGGAUUGAGGGGUACUACCGGAAAACCAGGAAAGAUAGGGCCUCCCGGACCUCCAGGCCGAGGUAUACCCGGAAUCAAAGGUGAACGUGGGGACAUGGGACCCAGGGGUCCACCGGGUAAGAAGGGUGAGCCUGGUGAAUACGGUGAUCCGGGUGACAUGGCGCAUCCAGGCGCUAAAGGUUUACCAGGACGUCCUGGUCCAAAGGGCGAAAAAGGGGCUACUGGAGUACCCGGUGAUCCCGGUCCCAUGGGGCCGGUUGGAGAUCAGGGACCUGCAGGCGACGUUGGUUUUCCUGGUGAACCCGGUCAACUUGGGUUACCUGGGACACCAGGUGAAAAGGGUGAGACUGGUUGGCCUGGACCCUAUGGACCUGAAGGUGACCGUGGCAUGAGAGGUGAUCCGGGGCCCAUGGGACCACCAGGUUUGCCAGGCGAUGAUGCGGUCGGUAUACCUGGAUUAAAGGGAGACAAAGGUGACAAAGGCCUUCAAGGACCAAAGGGGAUUCCAGGAAUUCCUGGUGAACGGGGAGAGAAAGGCCAAAAAGGAGAAAUCGGUCUUCCAGGCCCACAAGGAAGAGAACCAGGUAGCCCAGGUGCUAAGGGCGAACCGGGUGUUAAAGGAUUACCGGGGGACGUUGGUCCACGAGGUGCGCCUGGCGACCGGGGCCCCACAGGUUUUCCAGGACCCAGUGGUCCAUCCGGACAAGCCUUGUUUUCGACGUAUCUCUUUACCCGACACUUCCAGAAUCCUGACGCGGAGCUGGUCUGCCCACCAGGGUCUAAAAAGAUUGGCGACGGGUACAGCUUUGUGAUGGCCAACGGCAAUGGAGAAUUGGUCACUAUGGAUUUGGGAUCUCAUAGUUCGUGCCUGAAUAUGUUCAGCAUAAUGCCAUUUUUCCAAUGUCUUCGGGAUGGAACAUGCCAGCUUGGAGUUCGAGCAGAUAGGUCUUACUGGUUAGCCACUACAGAACCUUUACCUAUGAUGCCGUUGGACGUGAGCGAAGUCCGCAGACGCGUUGCUCGGUGUGUCAUUUGUGAAGCCCCAACUCAGCCAUAUGCUUUUCACGCCCAAGCAAACCAGCUUCAAGAGGUCUAUUGCCCAAACGGAUGGGCUGAGCUUUGGAAUGGCUACAGUUUCGUUAUGCAUACCGGAGGAAGCACUGGUGGUGGACAACAAUUAUCCUCUCCUGGAAGUUGCCUGGAGUACUUUCGGUACUCCCCCUUGUUGGAAUGCAAUAACGGGAUGAGUUUAUGUCAUUACUGGUCGGACGCAAAAGCCUACUAUCUGCGACACGUGAGCAACGGUACAGAGUUCCAGAAGCCACCAGGGAAAUAUAUGACAGAGCAUACGCAGGAUGAUACAACGGUGCUGCGUGAGAUUAGCCGCUGCCGGGUUUGCUUGAAAAAACGAUUCGAAACGUUUGCUUACUGACCGAGCGCACGUGAACGUCAUUCAAGUUACACUUUGGUCACACACCACAAGCUCGUUGAGUUUUGCCUUCGUUUUUGUCUCAGCAUAGGGAGCCGCAGCCGAGGUAAACACGUUUCCUCAAUAACAUUCGCAAUAACAGAUAAUUCGUAUAUUCUGGGCAAUUGUGUAAGAAGAUGAAUAAAACUAUUAGCCGAAUGCUUCCCACAAUUCUCUACUACUCGCUAAGCAUUUCAAGUUUAUUUUUUCUCGUGAUGUAAUUUACUAUUUUUGUGCUUCUUCGUUUUUCUGGUUUCUUCUGUUGUACCCAACUAUUCCACUUGUGAACACUUCCACCCCCCCUCUGUUCGAAAUUGUGUACUUCAAUGCACCUAUCCUCCACGCGUCAUCUUCUCUUGUAGACCAACUUACCAAACAGGUCUAUCCAACUUGCUGCCCGAUGCUCCCAAGCAUUACAACCCAGUAUUGUUCUAGAGUUAUUUGAACAAAAUUUGUCAGCCUGACAUUAACAGACCAGUUUGAAAACAUUAAAUGUUAGGAAUUAUACAUGUUCUAAAGAAUAUAUUUCGCACUAUGGUC